AUGGUCAACAAGAGUGUUUUCGUUAUAAUUUCACUGCUCACAGUGAUAUUUGUUUCCUUGACAUCGGCGCAUACGAUACAUGAAAAACAUGUCAUUCACGUUCCUCUUUUGGUGCAUUACGUCCAUCAUCAUCAUCAUCGAAAAAUUAUAAAACCAAUCAGACACAAAAAAGUGAAAACUAGAAAAUUUGUACAUCGAUACCAUAGUUACUGGUAUUGA